AUGUUUACCCGCCUCGCUCUUGCCGAUUGCGACUGUGGAUAUUCGGCCGUGAUAGACGAUGACGAAUUUAUAUUUACCGAUCUGAUCGAGACUGAUUUCGCCCAUCUAUCAGACAUAUCUACAAAUACCGACUGGAUGCGACAGGCCUUUAAUGUUACCAAAGAGAGAAAUCGCGGUAGCUAUAGCGAGAUGUACAGCAUAGAAAACGUAUACACGGAUCCAAUCACAGACGGCAAGGUUGAGGAUGGCACAGACAGAAAUGGAAACCCAGCGGGGCUUGAUCUUGUCGUGAAGGCCGACCUCGAAAGCAACAUGGUUCCUGUUUCUGAGAUCGGCAGCAACCGAAUGGAUAUCUUAUUCGGCACAUUCCGUGCUGGCAUGAAGUUGACCAAUGUGCCGGGCACCUGUUCCGCCUUUUUUUGGUAUUUCAACGACACACAGGAGAUUGACAUGGAAUUCUUAUCCAAGGACUACAAUUCCAGUAACAGCAGCUAUCCCGUGAAUCUUGUGAUCCAGUCCCGCGAGGCUGCCGAGAUGGGAUACAAUGCUCAGAUUACACCUGGCUUCAUUAUAGCGUACCUUCCAUUUGACCCGACAGGCAACUUUCACGAAUACCGGUUUGAUUUUCUACCAGGGAGGGUGCUUUUCUAUGCAGACAAUCAAUUUCUGGGCCGGAUCGAUGGCGGGAAUGUGCCUACUCACUCCGGCCAUCUCUCGUUAGAGCAUUGGAGCAAUGGAAAUGCGCUUUGGUCUGGCGGUCCGCCCACUCAGAACGCCAUUACCACCGUGUCCUACGUAAAGGCAUACUUUAACUCGUCUGCGUUGCAGCGCCAGCAAGACUGGCAUGGCCGGUGCCGUGAUGCCACCGUGCCUGGUGCUAUAUGCAGUAUACCGGAGGUGACAGCAACAAAUAACACGCCGUCUGGAUGGUUUUUUUCCUCUCAGGACAACAUGACAAACAAUCAGACAGUGUCUGGUAUGAAUAGUGCCGGUACAACCCAAGCGCCCGGUGUCUUUGUGCUGUCGCUUUUAGCCACUGUUCUUGUUACUGCUGGCUGGGGCCUAGACAUUUGGUGA